AUGUGUCCCGCAGAUAAGGCGGUAACGCGGUUACGCCUGGGCGCCGCCGCCGGCAAUCAUCGAGUCGGCACCAGUCCAGCGGAGCCCGAGGAAGACUCGCUCCUGAGGACGCUCACUCCAGAGGACACCGCCAGCCGCACCGUCUCUCUGAGAACGCUCCGGUCGGCCGAACCUCUCUGCAACAGGAUGCGCUGCCGACGCUUGGGGGCGGCCGCGCUGCUGCUGCUGCUGGGCUGCGCCGUGCCGUCGCUCGCCUGGGCCGACGCCGGCGCCGCCCCCUGCCCCCGGCCCGGGGGCGGGACGCAGCCCGGGGGCCGCAGGAAUGACCUCUACCGCCGCAGGGACACGUCACCUGACGACCCUUGGACAGGAAAAUACUGCAACUCAUGCCAGCUACAACGCAGCCUCACUAGCGCAGAUAAGGACUAUGACAGCGGGAUGUACAUCGGCAACAACAGCAUGUGCCUCAAACUCCUUGAAGCAAACCAGUCUUCGUGUGCCACGUGGCCGGUUCCCACACUCACUGUGAUCACCCCAAGACUCUUUCAUGAGGCCACAGUGAGCGGACUGAUAGACAACUGGCAUAUGAUAUCUGAGCCGCUUCAUGAAGUAGAGAUGAAGACAGAUGUCAAGGAGUUACCAACGGCAACCUUGCGUUCGCUUGAAAGACACCCUUCUGGGCACAUCCCCUCAGAUCGACAAGCGAACACACCACGCCAGAAAACAUUGCCAGCCUCACAACAGUCAUCCAGAAAAGCUCCUGCAAGGCAGUCAACAGUGAAGACGACAGUCUCGGAACGACGAGCUAAACGUGCGAGCGACAGGAAGGCUGAUGUGUUAGAGCAGCUUUCAGGGCCAUCUGCUGGGAUACGAGUCGUAAGACAAAUGAACUCAGUGAGUAAUCGUCGAGAUGUCAGGACUGGGAGACAGUCAUGGCUGAAACAUUCUUCAACAGAUCGACGGCUCGAACGAGAUACAGAUCAGCUGUAUAGGAAUUCUAUUGAGAGACUUGUACCUGUAACUUCUCUUUCUCUCAAGAGCAAACAACUGGUAAGGUCUACAACCUCAAAUACGCACAAAAACACCAUGUCUCUCUCUUUGGACCAUCGUCGAGAAAGACAAACCACUUUUAGAUCUGUCUCGCUGGAUCGUCGGGAAGAACGAAGUGCUGAGCGCCUAUCUCGAGAAUCAUCUGAAAGGAGAUUACUUGCGAUGUCUUUGGUACAGGAUCGUCGCCAGGACCGGAAUAUGGAACGACUUUCCAGGGAUACAUCUGAAAGACGAUCCACUGUUAGAUCUGCCUCCCUGAAUCGUCAACAAGAAGAAAGUUCUGAACGUCUGUCUCGUGGAUCUUCUGGUAGGCACUCACGUGUGAGGUCUCUGUCAUUGCAUCGUGGCCAGGAACGGAAUAUGGAACAACUUUCCAUCGAUAAUCGAAAAAGGCACUCCUCAACUCGAACUGUUUCAUUGGAUCGAAGUGCUGAUAGCAUGUCUCGAAAAUACUCUGAAAGAAGGUCACUUGCAACGAUAUCUGCACAAGACCGUCGCCAGGAACGCAAUAUGGAACCGGUUUCUAGGGAUGCCUCAGAAAGACGAUCUAAUGCUAGAGUAGUCUCCCAGGAUGGUCGGCGAGAACGAAGUGCGGAACGUCUGUCUCUAGAAUCCUCUGAGAGGCGGUUACCUACUAGGUCUUUGGCACAAGAUCGUCGCCAGGAACGGAAUGUGGAGCGACAUUCUAGGGAUGACUCUGAAAGACGAUCCACUUCUAGGUCUGUCUCCCUUGAUCGCCGACAAGAACGGAGCGCUGAUCGCCUAUCUCGAGAAUCCUCUGAAAGGAGGUUACUUGCUAGGUCUUUGGCACAAGAUCGUCGCCAGGAACGGAAUGUGGAGCGACUUUCUAGGGCUGACUCUGAAAGACGACUCACUUCUAGGUCUGCCUCCCUGUAUCGUCAACAACAACGAAGUACUGAACGUCUGUCUCGAGAAUCCUCUGACAGGAGGUUCCAUGCUGGAUCUUUGGAACAAGAUCGUCAACAGCAACGGAAAGUGGAGCGACUUUCUAGGGAUGACUCUGAAAGACGACCCACUUCUAGGUCUGUCUCCCUGGAUCGUCGACAAGAACGGAGCGCUGAUCGCCUAUCUCGAGAAUCCUCUGAAAGGAGGUUACUUGCUAGGUCUUUGGAACAAGAUCGUCGCCAAGACCAGACUACGGAACGACUUCCUACGAAAUCCUCUGAAAGACGUUCCACUGUUAGAUCUGUAUCCCUGGAGCGUCGACAAGAACGAAGUACUGAGCGCCUGUCUCGAGAAUCCUCUGAAAGGCAGUUACUUGGGACGUCUUUGGCACAAGAUCGUCGGCAGGAACGGAAAGUGGAGCGACUUUCUAGGGAUGACUCUGAAAGACGACCCACUUCUAGGUCUGUCUCCCUCGAUCGUCGUCAAGAACGAAGUGCUGAGCGCCUGUAUCGAGAAACCUCUGAAAGGAGGUUACAUGCUGGGUCUUUGGAGCAAGAUCGUCGAAAGGAACGUAAAGUGGAGCGUCUUUCUAGAGAUGACUCUGAAAGACAAUCUAAUUCUAGGUCUGUCUCCCUGGAUCGUCCACAAGAACGAAGUGCUGAGCGCCUGUCUCGAAAAUCCUCUGAAAGGAGGUUACUUGCUACGUCUUUGGAACAAGAUCGUCGCGAGGAACGGAAUGUGGAGCGACUUUCUAGGGCUGACUCUGAAAGACGACUCACUUCUAGAUCUGCCUCCCUGUAUCGUCAACAACAACGAAGUGCUGAACGUCUGUCUCAAGAAUCCUCUGAAAGGAGGUUCCAUGAUGGGUCUUUGGAACAAGAUCGUCGCCAGGAAAGAAAAGUGGAGCGACUUUCUAGGGAUGACUCUGAAAGACGACCCACUUCUAGGUCUGUCUCCCUGGAUCGUCGUCAAGAACGAAGUGCUGAGCGGCUGUCUCGAGAAUCCUUUGCAAGGAGGUUACUUGCUAGGUCUUUGGCACAAGAUCGUCGCCAGGAACGGAAUGUGGUGCGACUUUCUAGAGAUGACUCUGAAAGAUGGUCUACAGUUAGAUCUGCCUCCCUGGGUCGUCGACGAGAAGGAAGUGGUGAUCGUCUUGCUCGAGAAUCCACUGAAUGGCGGUUACUUGCUAGGUCUGUUAUGAGCUAUUUACCAGCUGGUCGACAGAACCAGGCGGGCGACAUUGACGGAUCAGCAGUUUCUGACACCAGGAGUACCGCUGAUAAUACAGGGGCAGCCGCCAUAUUCCUACCAAAGACUGAGUCCUUCAGCUGGGGACGCUUACCGCUCGACAUUAACCUCUGGAUCGCCUCUAUAGUGUUAAUCCUGAUUCAAUGGAUGGACCACUCGCAGAAAGGGGUGCAGAGACACUGGAGUGUGGACGAAUCCGCGGGUGAGACUUCAUUUGGAAAGAUGAACUGGGACGGAGUUGGCAGGAGCCUGUGGCAGCUGGCCGGGGGAGGCACCGCCUCCGCGCUGUCCGCUGCCUGAGCCGCCCCCGACGCCGCCUCUCCGCCCCCCGACGCCGCCUCCAGCCUCGCUGUAGUGCAGACCCCAGCCGACGCUUCUAGGGACCACACUCGUAUACAAAGACGAGAACAAAUUAUUUUUCUCUCAGGAAAAAAAAAAACCAAAAUAUUUUUAUUUCGAAGAUAACUGUCUGUUCACUGAUUUGUAACGUCAGACUUUUAUCGAUCUGUUAUUGUGUUAAUCGAUAGUGUAUUUUACAGUUCGUUUUAGUGUAGAACCAAGAAACGUAGUUAGUAUUCAGAUUACGAGUAGUUCGUGUAGCGCUAGCUAGAACAUUCCUGUAUAUUCCACCUGUAUACUGCUGUGACAAAUUCUCCUGUACCUGUCAUGUGGUAAAUACGACAACAUUAAACGAUAACAUGGAAG